GAUGUUUUAUCCAGCUUAUUUGUUGUCUCAUCCAAGUAAGGGUAAACUAACACCUUGCUGGCUUGCUGCAACAUGUAGUGAAAAGUCGUUUAAGAAGCACUACAACUUUGCUGCUAUAAAAAAAAUAAAUAUUAUAAUGACAUGGUACAUUAUUUACAAAGUUUACAUUGUUAGUGAAGAGAUUUUGCGAGCUGUACAGUUACGUAGUAGCAAAACAAAGAGGUUCAGUUUAUAUCUGUCAUCGCAACUGAUGUAUGGCGUAACAAGAAUUUUUUCUUAUCAAAUUAUAUACUAUCAAAGUGGGUUUAAUAUUUAUUUCAAUAUUUCUUUAUGCCUCAAAUUAUUUAAUAUAAAUAUUUAGCUGGAUAUACUUUAUA